AUGAAAAGACUCAAGAAGAACGACUCAGAAUUCCAAAUCCCAGCUGAUCUUCUUAUCGAUAUAUCCUUGAGAUGCCCAUCAAAGUCUAUAGCUAGGUUUCGUUGCGUAUCGAAAUUCUGGUUUUCCGUACUUGGUCGUCCAGAAUUCACUGAGUCGUUCCUGACUAAGUCUUUGACUCGUCCACGGCUUCUCUUCGCUUUCGAAGUUGACGGGAGGUUGUUCUUCUCCUCAUCACUUCAGGUUCCAAACCCAAAAGACAAGACAUCAUCUCUUGUUGUCGUCGAUCAUCAAACCUCUUUCCCUACGGGUGGUUCCUCAAACGAAUUUCACCAUUUAAAUGGAUUGGUCUAUCGUCAAGAGCAGAGAAAGACACAAUCCGUGUUGGUGAUUUGUCAUCCCAGCACGGGAACGUCUUUAACUUUACUGGACGCAAAAACAGAGAAACUUGUCAAGAGAAACUAUUUGAUUGGGUAUGAUCCGAUGGAACAACGGUUCAAGUUAUUGUCUAUAACUUGUCCUCUUGUUAAUAUAUACAACGUACCACAAGAGCAUCGAGUUGUGACAUUAGGGAAUGGAGAACACUUAGGAACUGCAAACCUCAUUAUCCUUUGGAGAGAGAUAUAUGCAUCAACGGUGUUUUGUAUUACCUUGCUAAUAUAA